AUGGCCACCAGUCGCGUCAGCCCCGUUCGGCCGCCCGUUCGCCUUACGCCCACGGAUUCCCAGGCGCAUCCCAUCCCACGCACGCCCUCUCCCAACCGACGCGCCAUUCCUAACUACCAAACGACCGAUCCUUUACUCCGAAACUUGUCCCCGGAAUCCACCUUGAAGGCCCUCUCCUCCACCGACGCCGUCCCCAAGAACGAACGAGCCGCCCACGACAUUCUCUCCAAAAGUAUCUCCCAGGUAUCCCAGGCGGAACGAGCUCUCGGGAUUCGCGCUGCGAUCGCGGCGCAGAACCUGAGUCUCUGGUAUAAAGAAGUCCAGACGUGGGAUUGGCCCAAACGGACCGAUGUCCAUCUGGGCAAGGGGUUCGUUCCCCCGUCUCCGUCCGACCCGGAGUAUUAUGGAAGCCUCCCCGCCGCCAUCGUGGUCCAGCAUGAAAAACGCAUCGAGGAGAUCCGGGAUGGCAUGGAUGGGUUGGACGUCGACGAGCUGAAGGAGCACGUUUUAAAUGCCCACAUUCCAUCGCGGUCUCGGCCUUCGUCAUCGAAUAGCACGAUGUCCGUGCCCCCGCCCCUCAGCUACAACCAACUCAGCGACUUCACCGCGGUCAUCACCGCCACCAUCCUCCGCGCCCUCCCGCUCCUCUCCCGCCUGAACAGCCUUCUGUCCACCUGGGAUGUCCGAUUAUUAGUACUUCGCCAGGUCUCCGGACUGCUUCGGAGCCUGUCCCUGGCCCGCUCGGAGUUGGAUGCCGCCCUGGCAUUGCUCAAAUCACCCGAGGUCCCUUCCGAAGCCGAUGCCCUGUACUCCAGGAACAACUACCAUGCCAAGCGCGCCCAGCUGGAGGCCACUGUUCUUUCGGCCGGCCGGAGAAUGGAUCGCAUGCUCGAUGCGCUGGAGGGCCGCGAAGAUUCCUUACCUGAAGACUGGAUCGACGACCUGGAAGCCAUCGAGUCGGGGUUUGGUUCUUGGGUUAUGGAAGCCGAGCAACGCACCGUCGCAAACGAAUGGCAGCGCACACUGAACGCUAAGAAAGAAGAGGCACCAGCGACAUCGCCUUCCGAUGAUUCCAACGCGGAGCCUGUCCUCAGCCAACCCGAGCCGAUCUGUACGACUGGACGGUCCCUGCCGAUGGAGACCAUCCAGGAGGAACCCGGCAGUCCUCUCGAAUCCGUAUUCUCCAAAGCCAACAAGGACGACCAGUUUCCUUCCGUGUCUCAAAUUGAUGCAGUCCUUCCGGUCACUUCUGACUCUAAUGACGCGGAGUCAUUGGUACGUGAAGAAGCCUCUAUCGACCCAGAAUUGAGCGCCCCACAAACACAGGAAGCUCAAGUGGCCAACCCUUCAAUUGAACAGGAGAAGCCUACCGAAGAAUUCAUUGAGAAUGAUCUCCCAACCCCUACUAAGCAGCUCCAGGAAGCUCCUGUCGAUGCCGAACUACCGAAAGAAGAUCCAUGUGUUCCUGAGCCACCAACUCUGAACGAAGAGAAGGUCGUUUUGCCGGCUUCUGAGGACGUACGCGCCGAAGAAACAUCUCGGAAUGUCACCGACUUGAAGGAAUCUUCCGGUCUUACUAUCGGGGCAGAGCAGUCACUGCCUCCAUGCGAGAGUUCUUCAAACCCCUCGCCACUUUCUGGACCCCAGAAACCAUCAGACAGCUCGGAGAUGCAAAAGAAGGAUGAAAGUACCGUCUUACCGAACCCAAGCCCCGAGGCUGAUGACCUGCCGUCUCCAAACCAAGUGCCAGAGUUGAUCAAGAAUGAUACCUUGGACAAUCACAAUGAACCCGGAAAGUCUAGCGAUAUUCUCGAUCGACCAAUUCCCUCAAUUGAACGCGACGAAAUCACAUCACCCUGUGCCCCAACUCCUCAGCGCUCCUCUCGGACACCUGAUUCCGUAGUCGUCAAACGUGCUCCACUGGCUUUGUCUCAAUCUGCCAGCCCUAUCCCAUUGUCUCCAGAGCCCUCUGCGCUGCCUGAAAACGACAAAGAUCUCGCGACAAAUGAACCCGACGAUCGCUCGCCCAAGCAACCUCUGGAGAGCCCGAUCAAACUCUCAAAGACUCGACCCGGACGCUUAGACCUCGACAAGAACAAAGCACAACUUCCUGGUCGACGACCAUCUAACGUGUCUGCCGGGUCCUUCUCCGAGACUGACUACCCGUCUCUCAUCUCUAGUCCAGAGAUUCGUGAACCACGAACUGGCUCGUCCAACGGAACACCGCGAUUCCUCGAGACCCCUCCCCAGUUCCAGCCUCAUUAUCACGCACCCGGUCCUGCGCCUUCCAACAACGAACACACCCUGCGGGAAGACCGUCUCUUUCGGUUGGCUAGCGCGAAGGCGUCUCCCCGCUUGGCCGUCAAUCACAAUCGCAACCUAAGUCUCCCCUUGCAGCGGUUUAUCAACGAGAGACUGGAAUUGGACUUCGAGAACGACUCUCCCGUCGAGGUUGACAGUACGGCUCCUACCCCAAGAACCGCGAGUCCACCUGUCAGUGCAGCUCCCAGAAAUGAACGGCAAGCAACGCCAGGACGCGCGCGCAAGGGUAGAGGGUCUACGCCAACAAAGAAUGCAGCCCGUGUUUCUGGCCAGCCAUCCGCAAACUCUCGUGACGGAAGUGCUACGCCUGAGCCGGCUGCACCGAUGGGAAAGGUCCCGAAGAUCCGGGAACAGAACAAGAAAGCUUUCGCGAAAAGCUCGAAUAACAAAGUUCUGGGUACAGAGCCUGCUCCUCAUCAGACCACAACUCGGCUGAGAAAGCAGUUGACUGCUCAUCCGAGUCUUGAAAGCAUUGGAGCUUACAAGUCUAAGCCCCUGGUUGAGGCCUCCUCGAACUCAAAACCAGGUUCUCGUUCUUCUACUCCCAACAGCCAAUUACGGAAACCAAAGGAUCACUUGGAUGAAAAAAUCAGUUCCAUCCUUACUAACCUUCCAACACGUAUCCAUCUCAUGUCAGCUGAGGAGCGUGAAACCGAUGAUGUUGAUGUGAUGUCGUCUCUGCCUAUGAAAGCGAGAGAGCGGUUUCGCUCUGUAUCCCCCACAGCAUCGCGCAGUGGCACGCCUACUCCGUCUUUGACCUUAACCCCGGCGCCUUCUCGCAGAAGGUAUUCUCAUGCACAUGCUCCAGAGGAAAGCUCCGUGAAGCUGUACCAUUUGCAUCGAGGCGGGAAAUCUGCUCCAACCAAACUCUUUGUUCGCUCAGUCGGUGAACACGGAGAGCGGGUGAUGGUGCGAGUCGGAGGCGGGUGGGCUGAUUUGGCUGAAUAUUUGAGAGAAUAUGCUAUCCACCACGGACGUCGACACGUAUCCGAAACGCCACGCGUUGAGGUCCAGGGGCUUUCAUCUCGUGAAUCUACCCCGAGCUACUCGCCGCCCGGGAGCCGAUUAACGCCAGCUGGCAACGGACGAACCACUCCAUCUCGACCACGGUCUGUCAUGAGCAAUAGACCGUCAUCGUCGUUGGCUGUUCGCAAAACACGACGUGGUUCGAACGUGUCUGAUAUGACCGACUUCAGAGCAGUCAGCGCUGGCGAGGCAUUGAACGUCUCCGUUUCUCCCAAGUCCAUAGUCUCCUCCCGCCGUCGACUGUCGGCGUCCUCAAACGCCUCUUUUGGCGCGACGUCUUGUGUGAGCGAGAUCCGGCACGGGUCAUCUCCUUCCACCACUGUCGGUGGUAGCUCUCACUCUAUUCCGCUUGGUCUCGCUGGGCCCAAGCCUCGCUCUAGACACGUUUCCAUGACGCCAGAGAGUGAAGCCUGGGUGGAAGAUGUUCUUGGACAGGCCCGACGAAGUUCGUCCUUGCGACCAUUCAACUACGGCUUGCCGCCCCAAGAGCAAGAGCAGCCUGGACCCAAACCCUUAUCUCUACCCAAGUCAAGAAGUAUCAGUGACCUUGGAAAAGCUGGUUCUAGCAAGCGAGUCGCACUCCGCGGUCUCGGAAACCGGUGA